AUGGAAGUAGAGGGAGCAGAAUCGAUGAAGAGUAGGAAGGAACAACAAAGGGAAAGGAGGCGUCUUAGAGACAGAGAAAGAAGACGGUUUCUGAGCGAAGAUGAAAGGGAAAGGCAUUUAGCACGGCGCCCGAAAAACUACCAACUCCGAAGGCAGAGAGCAGAGAUAAAUCGCAUCGACUGUCAGGUCCAAGCGAUCACCGGAGGUAGCCAAGCAACACUAACCUCACCUCCUGAUUCCGGAACCAGUAAUACUGUCCCGUUGGCAGAGUCUGAUCAAAGUGUGGAUAUACCAAUGGAGAAGUUGGGUCAACUGAUUGGGACAAUACGGCUGAGCCGUGCGAAACAUCUGGUGAGGACACUAAACAAGUCCACUGCUAUGAGUGUAGAGGCAAGUAACAAUGAAACAACAGAAGAAAAAAGUAUUGCAAUGUCAAGUGGGUUACGUUUGAGUGAGGUGAAACAACUAGUGAGGUCAAAGGGGGCAACAAGAGGGAUUGUUGUCACAACAUUAUCAACACACAAGAGCUCAUAUCUUUGCUUGGAUCAAAGGACACAAAGACUCUACUCCUCCAGAUAUGUUCAGUUCCUUGAAGAUACAUUCCCUUUCCGUACGAAAACAUCUCCUCCAGCCCCAUCUCACCCUCCCUCGGAACCUGAACAUCCAGCUAGCUCAAAUCCCGAAACCAUAGUGGUACCACUUGGUCAGACUCGUUCCAUCACGCCACCGUGCUCUGUCCAACAUCAGAAUCUGCAGCAGUCAUUGUCUCCGACGAACUCCUUAGCUUCGCCAGACAAUGCGAGUCCGUCUAUCCCGAGCUCUGAUACCAUAUAA